AAAACGACCCGUUCCCGCGUUAGCUUCCCCCUGGGCUGAGGUUGCUGCCGCCGCCUCCUCCCCACCACACACUCGUAAACUCGCUCCCUAGGGGGGCUGGCCACGGCUGCAGCGACCCGGCACUUUCCCUGCCUGCUGGCUGCUGCUAGCCCUGCAGCGCGCAAGGGGUUAACCCGUGCCGGGCGGAGGAAGCACAGGCUGAGCGCGGAGCAGUAAGGGGAGGCCGGCUGGGUUGGGUCCGCAGUCCCUCGCCUACCUGCACUUGGGACGGGUCUUUCGUUCCAGCGCCCCUAGGAGCCAACAUGCUGGAUCAGAUCGCGCUGCUCGCUGCUGUGACCCUGCUGGGGGUCUUGGAACAAGCCUAUUUUUCUCUGCAAGUGAUCUACGCCAGGCGGAAGUACAAAGUCUCCCCUCCGGGUACUGCAGGCCCACCGGAAUUUGAGAGAGUCUUCAGAGCUCAGGUGAACUGCUCGGAAUACUUUCCAAUCUUUCUGUCUGUCCUAUGGGUGGCAGGACUCUUCUUCCAACAAGCUGUGGCUGCUGUCUGUGGGCUACUCUAUUUGUAUGCUCGGUACCGGUACUUCCAGGGGUACACGCUGUCUGCUCAGGGAAGAUUGGCCCCAAUGUACUUCAGUGCCAAAGUGCUGUGGAUUUUGAUUGGUUUGGCUACAGUUGGGCUUUUGAUCCACUUCCUGCCUCUCAGUUCUUUUGUGCGGACAAUGGAAAUGCCAAGCCAAUUGCAACUGCUCUUCUCAUGGUAAUCAGCACCUGGGACUUCUGAGUUAACCCCUCCCCUCAGCAUUGCCUGCAACUCUUCCAACUGAUGAGAAUCUCCCCACUAAAGCAGGUCAAAAUAGAGCUAGAAAGCACAAGUGCUCUAUGGCUGAAGAGAUCUAAAACCCUUCCAAAUUUUUCUUCACUCAUUUGUCUCCUGUGUCAAUUUGGGGGCGGGGGGAGGAAGAAAAUGGUCCUGUCCUUCUUUCUCUCUUCACCCCAGCAAGUUACACUUACCAGAAAACAGUUUUAGGCUACAUUUACACUACUGUGGGGAUCCAUCUUCUGACAUUGAUCCACUGGCAGGUGAUUGAGUGGGUCUAGUGAAGACCUGCUAAAUCAACUCCAGAUUUUUCUCCAGUUGACCUUGCUAAAUUAAAUUAUUGGAGAUUGCCUAUUGCCUAAAACUGGAAGGGACCUUGAAAGGUCAUUGAGUCCAGUCCCCUGCCUUCAUAGCAGGACCAAGUACCCUCCCUGACAAAUUUUUGUCCCAAAUCCCUAAAUGGCCUCUGCAAGGAUUGAACUCACAGCCCUGGGGUUUAGCAGGCCAAUGCUCGAACCACUGAGCUAUCCCUCCCCCUAUUUCUCUUCCCAUAUUCCUUUUGGCUGGGGUAGUCAACAGGAGAGUUUCUCUCAUCAACCCCCAUCCUCCAUCAGCAAGUCGACUGAAGGUAGUGUAGCUGUAGUCUUAGUUACAAGUGAUGAAUAGCCCAAAAUUACACUUCCCUUAUUUGGUUCUCUCGUCCCCAUCUAAAAGUUCUGUGUAUACAUAUAGAAAAGCACACGCUUGCUAGAGAAGCUAAGGACAGAUAUUAUUGGCACAUGCUUUUCCUACCCAUCCCCUCCACACCCCAUGCACUAGCUGAAACUAAGGAUUUUGCCAGGCGAACCAGCUUGGCUUUAUUAUUUUCACAAAAGAUCCCUUAUCCCUCUUAAAAUGAGGGAUAAGGGAUCUUUCGGAAAAGGCUUUAUUAUUUGCCAAAAGAUCCGCAUCUAGCCUGGCGCUUUUUUC